CUGGAAAUCCCCGCCUUUUUUGAUUAAUUUAAAAAAGAGAAGAAGUUGAAGAAGUAUGAACUUGCUACUAAACAUCAGGUCAUCUGCAACUGUGACACGAGAUGGCAUUCUUCACAAUAAUGAUUACGAUGGUAAAGAAGAUCAAGGCGGCUUUAAAGUAAACAGUGAAUAUGUGACAGUUACAGUGAGGAAAGACAUUGAGGCACUUAGCACCAAUCAAAGAAAAAGAAGUUCAUCAUUUGACAUUGACUUUGCUAACAUUAAACCUUGCUCACUGGAUGAACUACCUCCACCUGCUAAACUUAGAAAAAGGAUUCCGUCAAAGCCAAAAUUAGAAAAACCUGUUAAAAGGCUCAGCAAGAGUUCGGCAGUCAGUGAACAUAUUGUUAGCUUGAAAAGGAAACAGCUGUACAUUUCUAACAGCAAACCUGAAGUAUCUAAUGAGGCUUGCCCUUCUUCAAGUUACCCACUUACUAAUAGUAGUCAUCAUCAUCAGGUGGUACCAUCUUCUCCCUCGUCCAGUUUGACGGAACAAAUCGAAGAUCCUGCCCUCCAAUCAUUUGAUGAUAUCUUCUGUCCUAAUCACAGUAAACCAUUUGAACUGAAAUCAAUAAUUAUGAAACCAGGGAUUGAUUUUAAACCACGAAAGUCUUUAUCAUUUGAUUUCGAUCAAGAUAAAGUCAAAAUACCUUCUAUUUAUGAUAAACCUGAAGGAGGAGUGCCUGUGACACAAAGUAAUGAAACACUAUAUGAGGAGGGAAAUGGCCCAGCUGGUUCUGGGUCGUUGUUUUUAACACGUCAACCAAGAGUGAUAUCAGAUGAAAUACCAAUACCAUCUCAAUCGCCUUUUAAUCCGGUCACAUUUGGAAUCAAAAACUUCUAUCCAAGAGAAGAAUAAAGAACAGUCCAACAUUAACUUGCCGUUAUAAUAUCAUAUUAAUCAGUCAUAUGUAUUAUAUGUAUAUAUUAUUAUUAUUAUUAUUAUUAUGCUGCUUGAAAUAGUCAGUUAUCAUUUAGUUUAAG